GUGAAAGAGGAAGAGGGGGAGAUGACUGUCACGUCGAAAAAGGAGGAGGAUGAAACUGGAUAUCUGGGCCCGGUUCCCCAAAGCCAUCUUAAGGCGUCCAAUGGUUCUAACGAUGAACUUAGCCGUGAAAUGGUUUUGAAAAACCGUGCCCUGAUUAAAACCGUAGUCCUACAGGUCCCCCCAUCGCUCCCUCUGCCUCCAACUGACCAAGCCCCGGCCCCGGUUCCUGCCCCGGCCCCUGCUCCUGCCCUACUGGGGUGGAGCGAAGAGGAGGAUAUGCCCCGGCAGUCUUUCCUGCCUCCAAGGCUCGCCUCAGGAAGUGCUGAGCUGCUGCUUCCAGAGAGUUGGCGUUCAUCUCUCACCAAGGAGCAGCAGCGGUGGAUCGGCCGCACGCUGUUCACCAGGAACAGCAUUGGGAGGUCGACACUCACCACUGACCUGGUCACGUGGUGGACGCCUCCCCAACCGCGGCCGAUCUACAAUCAGCCACCCGCAUCCCCCGACCCCUUCUUCGCAUGUCAGCUGUUCCUUUGGAUGCCCGCACGUAUAUGGGCAUACAAGCUGGCAUGCCCCCAGUCUGGGUGCAGAGGCACACUCUGCAAGGCUGGGCUCUACAAGACCAUCCGGAGGGUCUUGGACAUCGACCGCUGGUAUCUCAUGGCCACUGAGUACCUGGAAUGCGGUCGGUGUAAGAAGAAGGUUGCGGGGUGGUCACGGGACCUUGUCAGUCAGCUGGACGCUCGGCAUCGCUGCCAGUUCCCAGCAAUAUUGACAUACAAGCUGUCCUGUGACCUGCGGGUUGUGAGGAUGCUGAGGUCGCGCUCUUUGGGGAACAGUGCGUCACAGACCUACAGCAAGCUGUGUGACAGUCACAGCGAGUCCUGGAUGCGGAGCGGUAUACGGUACCUCGGGGAGUGCGAGCAGUUUCUGGCCUUGGGCACUGGGUGGCAGUUCACAGAUCCACCGGAGAUGCCCCCGGUGCCCUCACCCGUCUUGCUGCUGACGGUCUACAGCCAUGACGUGCUGUCGCGGCUGGACGAGGUGAAGGCCAGGGUCACCUCCAUCUUUGGGUCCAUCUUAAAGAUGGACUCUACCAAGAAGGUGACUAAAAAGCUCGCGGGUACCGCUGCAGACACGGCCGCCUGGGUUACCAACGUCGGUAACGAGCAUGGGCAGGUCCUCGUCAGUGUCCUCACUGCUGGUGAGGGCGAGGGCCUGUUCCCCAUGGCGGCUGGUCUCAUGGAGCGGUACCGGCUCGCCGGGGUGGCGCCCCCCCAGCUCAUGUACGUGGACCGAGACUGCUGCUCCAGCUUCGGCAGAUCAAAGACAGCUGCCAUGUACAAUGAGUGGGACCAGCUGGUGGUUCGGCUGGACAUCUGGCACCUGAUGCGGCGGUUCGCGGCAGGUGUCACCACUGAGAGCCACCAGCUCUACGGUCCCUUCAUGCGGCAGCUGUCAGCCUGCGUCUUUGAGUGGGAUGUAGGCGAUGUCCGCCGACUGCUGGAGGCCAAGAGGUCUGAGCUGGAGGGGAAGCACGGGAUGGUCGGCCUCACCGAGGCGGAGGUUACGAGGCAGAUCGGCAGGAAGGAGUUGGCGCUUCACUGUCGGCGUCGUACGCGUGGAGCUGCGGCGACCGAAGUCCUUCUCCUUGACCUCCUCGAGACGUUCAACAGCGAGAAGGGGGUCGACACCCUGGGCAUCCCGUUGCUGGACUCCAUCCGCAUCCAGGCAAUCUGGGAAGAGCAGAGGCGCCACCUCCACUGCAUACAGGACCCGCCCGGUGUACAGCUGUACACCGAGACCGGCAAAAUCACCAAGGGCGGCGCGAUUUUGCCGGUUUAUCGCUGCGCACGGGGCUCCACAUCCUUGGAGUCAUUCCACCUCCACCUCAACCGGUUCAUCCCAGGUACCAGGGCAAAUGCCAUGCAUUUCCAGGCAUUCCUGUUGGAUGGACUGGUGAGGUGGAACGAGGACCAUGCGCAAGCGGCAGUGGAGGGAAAGAACAGGCAGCCUCUGCUCUCCUACAGUGGCCACCUGCAGCACAUCCUUAACCUUAGCAGCCAAAGGGUGCUUGGCAAAGAACAGGUGAAGGACUACACCAAGCCUAGCGAGUACACGGGGGAACUCCUCGGAGUGGAGUACCUGUACUCGCAGACUGGCAGAGUGCUGCAGGAUGUCAGCGCGGACCCUGACCUUCCGGAAGAGGCAUCCGCCGUCGAGCAGCUCGACGAGGAGAACGAGGGCUUUCAGGAGGAAGAUGUGGACCCGACAGUCCACAUCCCUCAUGUCACUACUAUGAGCGCCCCGUCCUCCAGCUCAGCGGCACCUCUGUCAGGGGAAUCAGCUGACUCACCUCUGUCAGGGGAACCCGCUGAUGCACCUCUGUCAGGGGAACCCGCUGAUGCACCUCUGUCAGGGGAACCCACUGACUCACCUCUGUCAGGGGAACCCGCUGACUCACCUCUGUCAGGGGAACCCGCUGACGCACCUCUGUCAGGGGAACCCGCUGAUGCACCUCUGUCAGGGGAACCCGCUGAUGCACCUCUGUCAGGGGAACCCGCUGAUGCACCUCUGUCAGGGGAACCCGCUGACGCACCUCUGUCAGGGGAACCCGCUGAUGCACCUCUGUCAGGGGAACCCGCUGAUGCACCUCUGUCAGGGGAACCCGCUGAUGCACCUCUGUCAGGGGAACCCGCUGACGCACCCAGGUCUGGGCCAUCCAGUCCCACCGCCCCUGAAGACAGAAGCUCUCCUGAGGUCCCUGAUCGACACGGUUCUCCUCACCCUGACCACUCCUCUGAUUCAGAGGGGGAGACGAAAGACCCUGAUGCAAUGCCGGGCUACCAGCAUGUCCGUAGGCUUGCCAGGGCCUUGGUGGGGGUGAGGAACCGUCAGUGGCUGUCAGACCGCAGGGUAGACGGUCUGGUGGAGCUGUGGCUGGCGCUGCCAGACUUCGACAAGCAACGCUUGAUCUACCCUGCCCGACACCAGGAGAGGAUCGUUCAGGGGCGGUUGAAGGCAACGAAGGGGAAGUCGUCCAUUGUCCCAGGAAAAGACUCUCUCCAACGUUGCCUUCUCGGACUCAACUCGGGCCCUGCAAGUUGGCCGGGCACCAGCCGUUUGGUGGAGGCAAUUUGCAGACAGCUCUGUCAAAUCCAUCCCAGCGCCACGCAGUCUGCCGGCGUGAAGAAGAGCAGGUGGGCGCUCAUUCUGGCAGACUACGUGGCCAUCAGGGAGGCAGUGCUGAACAGCCCGAGGUUGAUGACCCGGACCAACCUUCAGCUCUUUGAGCUGAAUCAAAGGACCAUCAGUCAGUGGUACUCCCGGCAUCAGAGGGAGAGGAUGGUGCUGCAGCAGGGAUUGGGGCUCGCUCCUGCACCCAGCGUCACCACCCAGCCCCUCCACUACCAGCAGGAGGGAAUCCAGGCACUCUUCCCUUUCCCUACGCCGCCCCCCCCGGUCCCACGCCAGACCACCCAGCAAGGAGGGCACGCCCACGCGCCCAUUCUGCCAGCCCACCUGGAGCAACAACCUCCCACACUUCCCGGCCCCUCCCAAGCCCAAGGACCACAGACGGGCUCCUCUUUACCUCCUCCGGUGCCAAGAACAACGGCUUGGAGGAGGAAGAGGAUGGCGGAGGACAGAGAGGAGGGGACAGCUGGGAAGAGAAAGCAACGCGAGCAGUACGUCUGCUCCAAAUGCAGGCUGCCGAAGCGGCGGGAGACGGGGCACAGCCGCUUCGGCGGCGUGGCGUUCUGCUCUGUUGCUGCGGGGGGUAAGACCGUGGCCCAGUGGCUGGCGGAAAUGAAGGACACUAAGGGGAGAGGUGAAGAACACUGAGCCACUGGCUGGGUGGUCGGACGUUUUUAUUGUAAAUAGUUCCCUGUUCCCCUCUACCUGGACCGAGACCUUGAAUGCGGUGUAGAGGCUUGUGUGUGUCGAGGACCCUCAGAGCUAUAUGUCUGUAAGACAUAAGACCUACUGGUAGGGUAACCCAUGGUAGGCAGUUCUGAGGCGAGACACCAGACUAACGGCGGUCCGUUCCCAAGCAAAAUGCACAUUUUAUGAACACAUUAUCAUUUUAUUUACAUAGUUCAAUAAAAGCACUAUAUAGCAAAGACAGACAGGAUCGUGAUGCACCUGUAAAAAAAAAAAAAAAGAUAAGAUAAGACAAUAAAAUAUACAAAUCAAACAUGAUUUAUCAAUACAUCUUCAGGUCAUCUUCAACUUCUUGGUUGAGCUCAUGUUCAACAGCAGUAGCUAUAACACAUAGGUUAAACAAUAUAAGGCACGUGAAUAACUUACCUUUUUGCAAGUGUAUAGACAUUUCUGUCCACAGGUCAGUGGCCCAGACGCACUUCAAACUGCUCUUGAUGGUGUACCGCCAAUCAAUCAAUGCUCCAGGCGCCCUAUCACCGCAAAUGUUAUACAUACACCUGACGGGUUAGAAGAAAUAGAGCCUGUAUGCAUGCAAAUGUCCCAUGUACUAAGGCGUACACACACACAAUACAUUAGAGCCAUUAUGGUGUGUUAUUUUGUGUGUGUAUAGAGAUUGCUAACAUUAUUAUUUAAUGUUUAUUGGUUUACAUUGCAAUAAUUAUCUUCCAUUUCAUCUUGUUUCCCUAUGUAUACUCUGGUUCAUCAUUAAAGCUCAUAGACUGGU